GUCCUCACAAAGCCAGCCGCGGGAGAGGAGACGCGGGCGACGCGGCCGGCGCGCGCGCUCGUUUGCCGGUUCAGUGGGCAUCGCUGCGACGACACUGCUCCCAGAUGCCCAGGCCAGCGACAAAGGUGCGCCGACCGAGUAGGAGAUGACAGGACUAACUCUUUCAAAACCGCGCGGCGACGUCCGCGCGCCCACGCAACAUUUAUGCGCGGCUCUCGUUCCGCGCGGCCAACGCCGCGCACGCGCGCGCAACGCGACCGCUCACGCGCGCGCCUCGCAGGCCCUCGCCGUCGCGGCCGCCGCCGGCGUCGGCAUCGCCGCGCUCGUCUGGUGGGCGCGCCAGCAGAAGAAGGACAGCGAGCUCGACGAUGAGGCCGACGCGCCGCCGCCGCCGCGCACGGAGGAAGCGCCGAAGGACGCGGCGUCGGGCGAAGCAGUCAAGGCCGAGUUCAACAGUUGCAAGCAGAAGGCCUUCGAGCUGUUCAAGGCGAGUCCGCCGAGGUAUGCCGAAGCCGCCGAGUGGUUCUCGAAGGCCAUCGAUUUAAGCAUUGCGCACGAAACGCUCGCGCCGCAGCGGAAAGCACUUUAUAACAAUAGAAGUGCGUGUCGGGAGCGGUGCGACGACCUGGAGGCGUCGCUCGAGGACUGUGCUGUCGUGUUAGCGUCGGAUCCGCAGCACGCCAAGGUCAGGAGGAGGAGAGCGCGCAUUUUUGAUAAAUUGGGCAGAAACGAGGAAGCGCUCGUCGAAAUUUGUGCGGAUUUACUCAUCCAGAGGGAGGCCUUCAAGAAGGCGCUGCAGGCGGGCCGGCAGGCGGACCAGCCGACGCCGGUGGACAACGUCGAAUCCGUCAUGCGCGCGGUCGGCGCGGCCGCCGCCGAGGAAGUGUUGGCGGCUCGUAGAGCUUCUGGAGCGAAGUUCGGCAUGCCCUCGUCCAACACGAUCACGCAAUUAUUGAUGACCUAUGCUGCUUACGAUUCAAGGGCCCAAGCGGCAUCGACGGACUCGACAGAUUACGCCACAUCAAUCAAGGCAGCACGAGCUUCGGGCGACGACGCCGAGACGAUCCGACUGCUCCUCCAACGGGCGGAGACGGCGACGUACUCGAAACGCUACGAGGCCGCGAGAAAAGAUGUUGAAUUGGCCUCCGCUCAGAAAGUGAAAGCGGAAGCGAACGGCCAGCAGUUCCCGCCCGCGUUGGUCGCGGAGCUGGAACGGGCGGCGGGGCUCUAUAAACACUUGGUCCACGAUCUGAGUGGUGCGGCGGAGUGCUACGAACGAGCUCUUGCGCUGGAAUCGGAUCCCGCCAAGCGGGUGGAGACGCGAGUACGGUUGGCGGGCGUCCACGUGGACAACGCGGACAUGGCGUCAGCGGAUGCUUCCUUAGAUGCGGCUCUGGCAGAUGCGGAUGGUGCUUCGGUCUCAGACGUCCACAUGCACCGCGCGCAACUGAGGGUGAUAAGGAGGGACCUGGAAGCCGCCAAGAACGACCUCGAGGCGUGUAUUGCGGUGGCUCCGGGCCAUGUGCUCGCUAGGUUGCGGUUGGCUACCGUACUCAUACAUUCAGGUGCUGAUGCACAAUCUGUCGAAGAGCAGGUCGAGGCCGCGGAACGGUUGGCCCCGACCAUGUCCGAAGUGUACCAAGUGAAGGGCGAGGUGUUGCUGGCCAAGGCCGAUCUCAGAGGCGCUAUAAGGCAGUUCGACGAAGCAAUUAGGCUCGACGAAUCCAAUCCCGUACCGUUGUACAACAAGGGUCUGACGCUCAUCCAGAUGAACCAGUUCGAGGCGCACAACGCCCAGAAGCUCUUUGAAAGUGCGUUGGCCGUGGACCCGACGUGCAUGGUCGCACUCAUGCGCCUGUCGGAAUUAAAGCUCCAAUUAGCUGCUUCCUUCGAUCAAGCGCAAGCGGUGGUCGAUAUGUUGGGCGGCGCCAUGCAAAAUUGUAGGGACAAGGACGAGUUGGUGGAGCUGUCUACCGUGCGCGCGAUGGCGGUCGCGCAGCUCGCUGCUGCUAGGGAUGUCGGGCUGACGUCGUUCCAGAUGUAGGGUGGCGGCGGCGCCGUUGGUGAGGCCUGCGCGCCGGCGGCGUGGCUGGUGGGGGCCUAAUACGUAUACUACUCUCU